AUGCGACGGAGCCGGACUCCUCGAAAGGGAAGGCGAGUACCGGUGUUGGCAGGUGCUGGGCCCGCGCUGAGUGCCCCCGGACACCCCCAGGGAACACCCUCACCCCCCCCCCCGCCGUCUGACCGGGGCGCCGCCUCCGCGCAGCCUCUGAACAGGCUGCCAGGUCCUUCCAAGUGGCAGGUCCCAAAACACGGCUUCAGCACGUGUGGGGGCAGCGGGGACGCUGGCUCCGCGGGCAUGGAAAUCGCCCCUCGGAGGCUGGACGCGGCCCUGUUCGCUUACCCAUUCUUCCAGCCAGGGUCUGCCACCCGCCGCGGCCCGGGGUCGGGCCACAGCACUGUGGGUGUCCGGGGUGGAGGCCGGGGCUCGUGGCGUGGCCCCCGCAGCCCCGAGCAUGGCGGGCGCUUGAACGAGGGCAGGUGCCAGAGCCGGUGCCAGAGCCGGUGCCCAGCCGGCGGGCUGGAGGUGUCCUGCCAGGAGCCGGGGACAAGGGCGCUGAGCGUGGAUACCCGGCUCCUUGGGUGCACGCGCUCCGGGUGCCGUCGCCCAGCCCCGCACGCACAGGUCCCUGAGGCGCUGAGUGCCCGCGGACUAGCGCACGCCACCGCGCUGUGGCAGCGCCUGUGCACCUGUCUGACGGGCGUGGGGCCUGGAGCUGGGGCCUCUUCCCUUAAGCGGGCUUCCAAGAAAGCUCAGCCCCCGGAGAGUCAUCCAUCUGAGGGCGACGGAGCCUGUGGUGUCCCGGGCAGCCCGCCCCCGGCCCUGCCCCAAGGGGCUGCGGGUGGCCCCAGCGAGGCCUUGUAUGGGCAAAAUCACCCCGCAGAGCUUGCUCCGCGUCCGCUCCGUCUCUAUUUCGGGCCUGGAGGAGCUGCGGGGAGCCAGGCCGACCUCGCUCAGGGUGCAGGGGGCCCGGACCCUGUGACCCUGACCGCCGCCGCUCCCAGGACGGAGGCCCGGCCUCGCUUGGCCUGCUGUGGCCCCCCAAGAACCUCGCUGCUGUCUGUCCGGCUGCAAGGCCUCGGGGCGCCUCCCCGCUGCUGCCACGGCCAGACGCUCUUCCAUGGGUGGCCCCGUCCUGGCCAGGAGCAGCUGCCCCAGCAGGACCUGGCACAACCCACAGGCAGCCACUGUGUCUGGGCCCCUGGGGACUCGCGGCCUGGCUCCGCGUGUGGGCACCCGGGAGGGGCCGCCCUCCCUGGGCGCCACCCGGACCCCGGGGCCCCGAGCAGGGCCAGGGCGGCCGCCGCGUCCAACCACCUCAUGGAUCUGCACGCGGAAGUCGCUGCGCGGUGUGGCGGGAAGGGGCCGUGGAGCCCCGCGCAGGUCAUGGGACGCGUCUGGCCCUCCUGGGUCAGGACUCUUUAUGCGCGGAAGCCACAGACCCUCAUGGCGGAAGCUUUGCCCCCCAACCCCCCCGGGCUGCGGCCUCCUCCAUCAGGCGGAAGCCUGGAUGCAACCCGAGGGGACCGCGGGGGACCUGGCGGCAGCCGCCCCCCAGAGCCAGCGCCUUGCUCGCGCCUGGACGCCCGCGCCGCUCUCCGCAUGGCCGUGUUCCGCCUGAACACCGAGUGGGAUCCAUCGGUUCUGCUGCUGCCGAGUGGUUGCUGGUUCACGCACCGCCUGGGACGAGAUGCGGAGCCUGAGGCACCAAACAGGAAGCUGCGGAGCUGGGGUUCGAGCGAGGGUUUGCGCUAUGCUGGCGGUCUGGUGACCGAGGGGCAGCGGGAGUCCCGGGCGGCUGACCCAGCACCCACGCUCCCGUGCUGCCCCCCUGCCGGGCUCCCCAAGGUGCUGGAGGAGGCAGGCGCUCUGCUGCAGCGAGUCCGCGUGUCUCCCCGGGCUCCCGUGGACGGGGGGGGGGCACGACGCAAACGGACAGGCCCACCCCGUGCUGCAGGCCCCAAGCCCGGCAGCCGCGGGGGCUGUGACCCUGCCUCAGCGCCGGGGCCUCGGCUCUGCUCCCCCGUCCUCACGCCGUGUCCGAGCUCACGCUCCCCACCCACCCCCAGGUCGGGGUCACAGCGUGUUAGGGUGACGAUCUCGGGCUACCCUGAGCCUCCGCAAGGCCCCGAUCUCCAAGGGCUGGGCCGUGGCCUCUGCGGGCCGGGGGCGGGAGGGACGCUGGGGCUGAGCACCAAGCUCCUCCGACUCGGCAGGGGCACCGCGCCCGGAUCUGGCUGCCGCUCCCCCUGCGGCUGCAGGUGCCCAGCGCCCUCCCACGGACGCAGCUUCCGACAGCUGGACGUGUGGCCUCCGGGUGGGAGCUCUGGGUCCCUGCGGCCCCCCGGGCCAGGCCGGGCUUCCUGGCUCCCGGCUCCCGUGCUCCACGCCUGGCUGCUCAUGCGCGUGGCAGCUCCUCCCCGGCAGGUGCGCUCCCGGAGGCAGGCGCUAUCAGUUCUGCGGCCCCGGGCCGUGCACGUCCCCAGCACGCAUGGAUCGCCGACUGCUUGGCGACAACCACCGUCUCCUGAUGCACCCUUUUUCAGUGCGGAGGUGCCCUGCGUGUGGAGCCCGAGCCCGAAGGGCUUCCCGGGGCCCCGGCCCCACCCGCCAAGUGUGGGCCGGGCACCCACCUUCCUGGGAAGCAAUGGGCCCAAGGGCGCCGUCUCCGCGUCCACGAUGCCUGGCUCGGUGCCCAGCACGCGGCGGGCUCCUGGGGAGGCAGUGCCCAGCUGGGGGGAGGCCCGAGCCUCCCUGCCUCCCUGCCCUCCCCCCCGGGGUGAGAGCUGCACCUAG